AACAUGGGAGAGCGACGCUCCUCCUUGUUCCUCUUUCCAUCUCUCCUCCUUUCCCUUCUUGGUCAGGAACUACGCAGCGGAGCUGCAAUGGCGACCGAAUUGGCGAGGCGUUCUCCACCUCUUCACGGCAUCAAUGCCGGAUUGGCUCUCGCAUUGGUGCUGUUGUCAUUCUGGAUUGGGCCGGCCACGGCGGAGAUCCGGGAAAUGGAGAUACGGUCGGACGGUCGGUCCAUCGUCCCCCUCGAUGAGUUUGGCUUCACCCGGUGGGGUGGCUUAGAACUCAACGUCACCGGAAUAUCCUUCUCCUCCGAUUCCUCGACGGGCGAUCUGAACCUCUCGCAGCUGGGAUUUUUUUUGUCGACUCGCGACGCCUGGCUCCUUGCCCUGCGCCAGAUGCAGGAUCACAACAUCACCUGCGCCCUCAAGUCCAAGCUCGUUCGCGCGGUCUACUCUUUCGACCGCCUCGUCCCGCCGGUCAACCCCUCCGGCGUCCCCGUCGCCCGGGCUACCGCCUUCCGCCACGCCGUCAACCUCACCGACAGCCCCGGGCAGUUCUCUCUCGUCUUCGCCAACUGCCUCUCCCCGCUCCGAGUCUCCAUGAGCGUCCGCUCCGCCAUGUUCAACCGCCCGGACCCUCACGACCCCUCUACCCGCGCCUACCUAUCCGUGGGAAUAGCCGUGCUCCCUCAGAUUUACUCUUUCCUCUUCUUUGCGUAUGCAGCACUCGCCGUGUUCUGGGCCGCCGUUCUCCGCCGGAGGCGCCACUCCGUCUUUCGCAUCCACUACUUUAUGCUGGCUGUUGUCGUCCUCAAGGCCUUCAACCUCCUCUGCGAGGCCGAGGACAAGUCGUACACCGAGCGCACAGGUUCUGCUCACGGUUGGGAUGUCGUUUUCUACAUCUUCAAUUUUCUCAAGGGCAUAUCCCUCUUCACCCUCAUCGUCCUCAUCGGCACUGGCUGGUCCUUCCUCAAGCCCUACCUCCAGGACCGCGAGAAGAAGGUGCUCAUGACCGUCAUCCCACUCCAGGUCGUCGCCAACAUCGCCCAAGUCGUCAUCGACGAGUCCGGACCCUACGCCAGCGACUGGAUCACAUGGAAGCAGCUCUCCUUCCUCAUCGACAUUGUCUGUUGCUGUGCCAUCCUCUUCCCGAUUGUCUGGUCCAUCAAUAACCUCCGGGAGGCCGCCAGUACCAACGGCAAGGCCGCCGUCAACCUCAUGAAGCUUACCCUCUUCCGCCAGUAUUACAUCCUCGUCAUCUUUUACAUCUAUUUUACCCGAGUGGUAGUCUACGCCGUCAUUACAAUCACCUCUUACCGAUACCUGUGGACAAGCGUGCUGGUAGGGGAAUUAGCUACCCUCGCCUUCUAUCUCUUUACUGGGUACAGUUUUAGGCCUGAGGCUCACAACCCUUAUUUCGCCAUUGAUGAAGAAGAGGAAGCUGCCGCCGAGGCACUCCAGCUGGAAGAGGAGGAAUUUGAAUUAUAGGGCUGCCCAGAAAAUAUACUUUCCGACAAAAUCACAUUGCUGCGACGAGUAUAAAUGUUGCAGCAAUUCACAUUGCUAAUCAAUGUAUGUUUUCGUAACUAUCACAUCCUUGCUGUCCGUGGAAACUUCGCCGCCAUUUUUGAUUCCGCCAUUUCCUCGAAGGUUGUCAGUUUCCAUGUUUAACUAUGUUGAGAGCCAUCAUGUAUCACCAUUGUUCUCUGUUUUAGAUUAUUGUUGACUUGAAAAUCAAGGGCUUAGCAAAAAUUCAAAUCGCCUAA